AGUCAUGGCUUUGAUGAAUGGCAUGGACACAGCAGAUAAGUUAUGCUGCCACAUGUGAAUGUUUGAGCAACAGAAAAGAGUAUCCCUCCUUCUUCAGGACCAUAGCAAGUGACAUCUACCAGAGUAAAGCACUGGCAUAUUUGGUCAAGCACUUUGGCUGGUCUUGGGUGGGAGCUGUAAACAGUGAUAAUGACUAUGGCAACAAUGGAAUGGCCAUUUUUCUGAAUGCAGCCAAAGAAGAGGGAAUUUGUGUUGAGUAUGCAGAGAAGGUUGACCGGACAAAUCCGGCAAAUAUUUUAAAAGUGGCAGAAAUUAUUAAGAAAAGUACCGCCAAAGUAAUUAUUGUAUUUCUUGCCCAUGUUGAUAUGAAAAUUCUACUAGAUCAGCUUAUUCUGAAGAAUGUCACUGGCUAUCAGAUGAUUGGUGUUGAGGCAUGGAUUACUGCAGCAAAUCUAGUAACACCUGCUAGUUAUAACAUUUUGGCUGGAUCCAUUGGUUUUGAUGUGGGAAAAUUAAACAUUGGUAGUUUUGCUGACUAUGUUGUUAACAAAUUUUGGCAAACAGCAGUCCCAUGCUUGAAUACAAAAGGAAACAUUUCUCAAACUGAUAACAACUGCAGCAAAUAUGAAGAUAUGAUCCCUUUCAAAAACUACAUUGAAGAUAUAUCAGAAUUGAGAUAUGCAAAAAAUGUCUACAAUGCAGUUUAUUCUGUGGCACAUGCUCUACACAGCCUGAUAAGAUGCACAGGAAACAGUUGUGAAACAAACAAAACAAUACAACCAUGGCAGGUUGUUGAAGCUAUAAAAAAGGUCAAUUUUACCACCAAAUUAGAAGAAAAGAUUUUGUUUGACAGCACUGGAGCAACCGCUGCAAAGUAUGAUGUGGUGAACUGGCAACGAGGGUAUAAAGGAGAAGUGCAGUUUAAGGCAGUGGGUUAUUAUGAUGCCUCGCUUCCAAGUGGACAACAGUUUGUCCUAAAUGCUGAAGAUAUCAUGUGGACUGGAGAGAAAAGAGAGAAGCCAAGGUCUGUGUGCAGUGAAAGCUGUCCUCCAGGAACCAGGAAAGCUGCACAGAAAGGAAGGCCUGUCUGCUGUUUCGACUGUAUACCAUGUGGAGGAGAGAUCAGUAACCAGACAGAUUCAAAUAACUGUGAGCAGUGUCCAGGAGAAUAUUGGUCUAAUGCUGAAAGAGAUAAAUGUGUGUUAAAGGUUAUAGAGUUUCUUUCAUUUACAGAGGUUAUGGGCAUUAUACUGGUACUUUUUUCUUUGUUUGGUGCUGCAUUAACUAUAUUAGUAGGCAUUUUAUUUGUAAUAAAAAAGGACACUCCUAUAGUUAGGGCCAACAACUCUGAGCUGAGCUUCCUGCUGUUGUUCUCACUGACUCUGUGUUUCCUCUGUUCACUUACUUUCAUUGGACGGCCCUCUGAGUGGUCCUGUAUGCUGCGCCACACAGCUUUUGGAAUCACAUUCAUUCUCUGUAUCUCCUGUGUUCUGGGGAAAACAGUAGUGGUGUUAAUGGCCUUCAGAGCUACACUUCCAGGCAGCAAUGUCAUGAAAUGGUUUGGGCCUCUACAGCAGAGACUCAGUGUAGUUGCAUUCACUCUCAUACAGGUCCUUAUUUGUAUACUUUGGUUAACAAUUUCUCCUCCACUUCCCUACAUGAACAUGAACUACUACAAGGAAAAGAUUAUAUUAGAAUGUUCUUUGGGUUCGGGUUUCUGGGCCGUGCUGGGGUAUAUUGGAGUUCUGGCUUUCUUAUGCUUUGUUUUGGCUUUUCUAGCUAGAAAGCUGCCAGAUAAUUUUAAUGAAGCAAAAUUCAUCACAUUCAGUAUACUCAUAUUCUGUGCAGUGUGGAUCACCUUUAUUCCAGCUUAUGUCAGCUCUCCUGGAAAAUUCACUGUAGCUGUGGAGAUCUUUGCCAUUUUGGCCUCCAGUUUUGCUCUACUGUUCUGUAUAUUUACUCCUAAAUGUUAUAUUAUUCUACUUAAACCUGAACUAAACACCAAGAAAAAUAUGAUGGGCAAAAUAACACCUAAACCCCUAUAA